AUGGCUUCACUGUACACUGACAAUUCCCAGCAAGCACCCAACCAGCCGCGCCCGUACCCAGGCAACUACCUCCCCAACGGCGGUGCGCCCGCUCCAUCAGGUCCCGCGCCCGGAGCUGUCCCGCUCCUCCCCAACCAGGGCCGCGUGAUUCAGCAAGGCAGCGUCAGGGUUCUGUGCAUUGCUGAUGUGCGAGGAAACCUGCAAUCGCUGAACCAGCUCGCCGCAGACGCACGCGCAAACUACAUCAUCCACACCGGCGACUUUGGCUUCUACGAUGACCGCUCGCUCGACCGCAUUGCAGAGAAGACCCUCAAGCACGUUGCGCAAUAUUCGCCCCUGCUGACCGACAGUGUCAAGCGUUCCAUCGCCCAAGCCCCGCCGCAGCCGCCAAUCAAGGAGCGCUUUGCGCGAGAGCACCUGCCGCUUUCAGAACUGCCGCUCUUCCUCAACAAGACAUACACAUUGAACGUGCCUGUAUACACCGUAUGGGGAGCAUGUGAAGAUGUCCAAGUGCUGGAGAAGCUGCGGUCCGGAGAGUACAAGGUCGACAACCUGCACAUCAUCGACGAGGCCCACUCGCGGCUGCUCGAUGUAGGCGGUGUCAAGCUGCGUCUGCUUGGUCUCGGUGGCGCUGUUGUCAUGCACAAGCUGUUCGACAAUGGCGAGGGCAGGACGACGAUUGCCGGCGGCCAGGGUACUAUGUGGACAACACUGUUGCAGAUGGGAGAGCUUGUGGACACGGCCAACCGCGUAUACGACCCUACCGAGACCCGCAUCUUUGUCACCCACGCAUCGCCCGCCCGUGAAGGUCUGCUCAACCAGCUGUCCGUCACGCUAAAAGCCGACUUCUCCGUUUCCGCAGGUCUUCAUUUCCGCUAUGGCAGCUCCUACAACGAGUUCAGCGUCAACCCCACACUAGAUCACUACCGUGGCAAGCUUGCAGCCUCCAAAGCUUCCUUCAAUGACGUGUGGGAGACCGUCAAGACGGAAGUCGAGCCAGCAGUCUCCGACAGCGAUUCGCAGCAGCGCCUCCUCGCCCUGGCACUCGACAUCGUAAACAAAAUGCCUACCGUUGCGAACGGCGGCAACCCCUUCGGUGGCCCAGCUCCUGGUCCCCAGAGCGGCAUCAUCGAUGAGAGUGCUUUCAAGAACAUGUGGAACUUCAACUUGGCAGACGCUGCUUACGGCUGGCUUGUCCUCGAUAUCGACAAUGGCAGGAUCGGUACCGAGAUGAGGGCUCAGGGCUUCAACUUUGCCCACCGUGGUGGCAAGGCCAUGCCAGGUCAGGGUAAUCAGCCCGCUCAGGCGAACACCAACACUGUUCCCCCAGCGUCUGCUCCUAGCCCAGCUGGCCCAUCUCCAGCACAGGGACGUCCCGGUGGGCCCCCUGGCAACGCGCAACAGCCGCGCCCAGCUGUUGCGACUCCUCCAGUACCUCAGCAGAUCAAGGCCGCCCAACCUGCGCGGACUGGUCCGUCUCCUGCACCUGCUGUGCCCAAGGAUACUUCCAAAGCUGCGACACCUCAGCCCAGCCAUAAUGCGCCUGCAAAUGCCGCUGGCGAGAAGGCUAUCCCGAGCGAAGUGAAGCCCAACGGCACUUCUGCGCCUGAGAAGGGCCCGGCUUCACCUGCACCGCGUGAGCAUGUCGAGCGUAAGGACAGCAAGGGCCUGUUCAUCUCUGGUGUCAAGGACGAGGAAGAGGCAAAGAACCUACUCGCUGAAGAAGACCGGUCGAAGAUUGAGAAGAUGGAGAAGAUCAAGCACUUCUUCGUCGCUCAUUUCGCCACCACCACCGAUAUGCAAGCUGCUCUCCGCCGUGUUGGAGACGAGGUUAGGAAUGCCCGUGGUGGACCCGACAAGCCGAGUGUCAAGGUCUACAACGAGCGCGGCCCUGCCAACGGAGGCCAGAGGCAAGCACCCGCGGCGGAGUCCAGAGCGGCGGCUAUCGAAGCGGAGGCGCUUCAGACAGCGAAGGUGGACGCGGCGGUCGUGGAGGCCGUGGAGGCGCACCUCGCGGAUCUCGGGGCGGCGAGCGUGGCGCACGUGGUACCGGCAGAGGCGGAAGGGGCUCAUUCAGAGGCGGAGCGGAAGGUGCACCAGCUGCAUCAACCGGGAGGCGAGUCAUAG